UUUGUAAUAAUACUGAAGUAUUUGACCGACCAAUCCAUAACCGCUUGUGACUGUUUUUUUUCUUUCUUCUUAAAAAACUUUUGAGAUUAAAAAAGAAAAAGUUGAAGACUUUUAUUGGUCUCGUUAUUUCGUUUUUGGGGUUUGGAGGGAUGCCAACAUGGUGGUGGUCCAAUCCCCUUUCGAUUUGUUGUUGUUGUUGUUGAAUCCCUUUUUGUCUUUUGAGAUUUCCUUCCUUUCGUUCAUACCACUCUCCUUGACUUUCUUCUUCCCUUUUUAACAUUGAUUCUCGUGUUCCCUCUUACUUGCUUUGUCUUUUCACUCUUCUCUCUGUCGUGAAUCCUAAGCUCUAGUCUCGUCUUCUGGGUUAUUAGUUACCCUCGCUAGUUUUGGAUCAAAGUCUCUCAACUCCUCAGUGGCAUGAUCUUCUCGAACACUUUAUCUUGAGGUCUUUUGGAGUAUAUAUAUAUAUUUAAAAAAAAGUUAUGGGGAGUUUUUGCUCCAAGAGCCUAGGAAUCAAUAUUGGCAGUGAGUAUUCAGGUUCAAGUGUAGCUGAUGAUGUUUCACCUAGGCAAGGUCCUGGUACGAGGCAGUGUAUGGUUAAAGACGAUAAGGAACAAAGCCAGUUGAAAGAUGUAUUCUCUUUCCGCGAAAAGGAAGGAGUUGAAGAAGAUCAUUUAUACGAUGGGAUUCCGAGGUUACCUCCACCGCAGAAACCUCGGUCUACAAGAUAUACUCAAACCGCUGUUUCAAAGGUUACAGAGGCGAGCAUGCUUCUAGGCAAAGCGGGGUUAGGUAAAGCCAAAGAUGUUUUGGAUACACUUGGGAGUAGCAUGACGGAUCUAAGCAGCGGUGGAUUUGCUUCUGGAGUUGCAACUAAAGGGGAAGAACUUGAGAUCUUAGCCUUUGAAGUAGCGAACACUAUCGUCAAGAGCUCAAAUCUCAUUGAAUCACUUUCUAAGGAGAACAUCACGCAUUUGAAAGAAACUGUACUAUACUCCCAGGGUGUUCAGAAUCUUGUCUCGAAUGAUUUUGAUGAGCUCCUCAGACUUGUUGCUGCUGAUAAGAGGCAGGAGCUGGAAGUUUUCUUGGGAGAAGUGGUUCGGUUUGGUAACCGAUCUAAAGACUUUCAGUGGCAUAAUUUACAGCGCUACUUCGACAGGAUCAGCAAAGAACUAACCCCUCAAAGACAGUUGAAUGAAGACGCUGUGUUAGUUGUUAAACAACUGAUGGUUCUAGUGCAGUAUACAGCUGAACUAUACCAAGAACUCCAAGUAUUGGAUCGGUUGCAGAAAGACUAUGACCAAAAGCGCCGAGAAGAAGAGAACUCAGCUGGUAGCAGUAAAGGUGACGGUCUUGCAAUUUUAAAAACAGAACUUAAAUCUCAGAAAAAGGUAGUAAAAAGCUUAAAGAAAAAGUCCUUGUGGUGCAGAGGUUUUGAAGAGGUGAUGGAGAAACUUGUAGACAUUGUACAUUUCUUGUUGCUAGAGAUUCAUAAUAUCUUCGGUGAUUCUGAUGAUAAACCAUUGAAGAAAGGAGCUGCAGAUUCUGAUAAAAGAUUGGGGCCUGCUGGUCUUGCGUUACAUUAUGCAAAUAUGAUUGUGCAGAUUGAUACACUUGUCGCCCGUUCAAGCUCUAUAACUUCAAAUGCAAGAGAUUCUCUGUACCAAAGCUUGCCACCUACUAUAAAACUAGCUCUUCGUUCCAAAAUAAAAUCUUUCAAAGUCGAUAAGGAGCUUUCGGUUACACAAAUUAAGGAUGAGAUGGAGAGGACACUGCAUUGGCUUGUCCCUAUUGCAGCCAACACAACCAAAGCUCAUCAUGGUUUCGGUUGGGUUGGAGAGUGGGGAAGUGCAGGGACUGACUUCACGAGUAAGCCUAGUGGUGGAGAUACACUAAGGAUCGAGACACUCUAUCACGCUAGCAAAGAAAAGACAGAGAACUACAUUCUCGGACAGAUCAUUUGGUUACAGCAUUUGGUUACAAAAGCAAAGAGCGACGCUCAAGGAGCUUCUAGACUUUCUUCUAUCAAAUCCUCGUUUAAUAGUACGAACCAGCAGUUGAUAUCUGAACCACUCGGUGACCCAUUAGUAACAGCUGAGGAGCAAAAGAUGUUACAUGAUGUGAUCAAAAGAAAGAAGACUCCAUGCGUUAGCAAGAGUCAAGACUUUGAUUCUGAGCACUACUCGCGGGUGAGGAAGUGUGACCCUUUGAGCAAAAGCAGUGAGUAUUUUCGUGGAGUGAGGAGAAGCAAAUCAGCUGCUGCUAUGAAGAGGUUUUCUUCUGGUUUUUCACUUGUUGAUUUUGUUAUCGACAAGGAGAAAGCAUUGGAUGUGAUUGAUCGUGUCGAUGUGCCGAGAGAUUAUAGAGCAUUGUUGAAAGAAGGUAGCUUGAGCUUCUAGUGGAGAGUGGUGUUUUAGUGGACUCAUAUAUGCUUAGUUGUAUAUAAGAUAAAGGCUAUGGAAGAAGCUGUUACGUGACAACAUGUUAGAUCAUAUACAAUUAUACACUUUUCAGAAAACUAGUAUCACAGUGCCUAAGAUGGUUUCAAAUACAA